CUUACAUUCUUACCACUUCGCAUCGCAAAAAAGGUUCGAUCAUCGGAAACAGCCGCAUAGCGAUUACGCAUACAGAAUGAGGAAAUUCGAUCCGUGGCCCGUUUUCUUCAAGAGGGAAUUCAACCGCAACUGGCCGUUCCUCGUCGGAUUCGCCAUCACCGGAACCAUCAUCACCAAGCUCUCCCUCGGCCUUACCGAAGAAGAUCGGAAAAAGUCCGUCUUUGCUCAGAGGCACAAGAGUUGAACGACUUUAAAGAUCAACAUGGGUGGAUCUUGCAGUGAUGAUUUAUGUAAUGGAACACUGCUUUUCCCAUUUGUUUUUGAAUGGUAUAAUAAUAAGAUUUAAGAUGAUAGGCUUUAUGUUGAACAUGCAUCGGCUUAUAACGCUUGUUUAUUUUGAAUGAAUGAAUGGAUUGAGAUUGUUGUUUAA